ACACAGGGAUGCCUCAGACAGCGCACAGCUCCUCACUGCAGGGAUACCGUGUGACGUAACUAUGACGCAGGCUAGUCACAUGUUGCCCUGCAGUUUACGCCCUUCUUCCGCCCACACUGACGGAGUAUAAGCAGUUAAGAUGGCGGCGGAAGACCUUGUGGGAGCGCAUGACAGCCGGCACUGAGUGGAGAGGGGGUGGGGGGACUGCCACAUCAAGCUAGUUUGUGGAAUUGUAGGAGUUAACAGAAGGAGGGCGCGAGUGAUCAACUCCAGUGGAACCGGAGAGGGAGUGAGGAAACAAGUGUGAGGUGCCCUUGAGCAGGGCGGUGAGAAGAGACACUGAGGAGAGGAAGAGGCGCCGGCCCCAGCUGCUGUCAUGUUCUCGGUGCUUUCUUGCGGCAGGCUGGUGGCCAGAGCGGUGCUUGGUGGCCUUUCUCAGACGGACUCUCGGGACUAUAGCCUGGUGACCGCGAGCUGCGGCUUCGGCAAGGAUGCCAGGAAAGGAAUCCUAAAGAAAGGCAUGUGCUAUGGGGACGACGCUUGUUUUAUUGCCAGACACCGGACGGCGGAUGUUUUGGGUGUUGCCGAUGGUGUGGGUGGAUGGCGGGACUAUGGCGUUGACCCUUCUCAGUUUUCAGAAACCCUUAUGAGAACUUGUGAACGUUUGGUAAAAGAGGGACGUUUUGUGCCAACCAACCCUGUUGGAAUCCUCACCUCAAGUUACCGUGAGCUGCUCCAGAACAAAGUUCCUUUAUUAGGAAGUAGCACUGCUUGUCUAGUUGUUCUAGACAGAACAAGUCAUCAGUUACACACGGCAAAUUUAGGAGACUCUGGAUUUCUGGUUGUUCGAGCUGGUGAAGUUGUACAUCGGUCAGAUGAACAGCAGCAUUACUUCAACACUCCAUUCCAAUUGUCUAUAGCCCCUCCAGAAGCUGAAGGAGCAGUGCUAAGUGACAGCCCUGAUGCUGCAGACAGUAGUUCCUUUGACGUUCAGCUUGGAGACAUUAUUCUGACUGCAACUGAUGGUCUGUUUGACAACAUGCCUGACUACAUGAUUCUUCAGGAGUUAAAAAAAUUAAAGAAUGCAAACUAUGAAAGUAUACAGCAGACAGCACGCAGCAUCGCUGAACAAGCACACGACUUGGCCUAUGAUCCUAAUUAUAUGUCACCUUUUGCACAGUUUGCCUGUGACUAUGGGCUGAAUGUAAGAGGUGGAAAACCAGAUGACAUCACCGUUCUCCUGUCAAUAGUAGCUGAAUAUACAGACUAGAUGGCCUGAGGCAUCUUCAACUUUUCCUUUGCCUACUCUAGAACUGUUAAUGCUGUGUUGCACUGUCUCCUGCUGGCAGGAUUUGCAGUUUUUCACCUGAUUCCAUUGGUCAGUUGUACAAGUGAUGCUGUGUGUGUAAUUGGACGGAGGUCAGCACAACCACUACUGUCUAAUCAAUGAACCAUCCUGUAGGGACGUGAAAGGUCUUACAUGGGGGAAAAUGAACCAGUUUCAAUAAUUUUGAUUUUUACUACUAUAGUUAAAGGGAAAUGAA